AAUGCGAGUGAAUCUGCAGCAGGAGCAUCGAGGAAGGACUGCGAACAUAGAAAUAAAUCCUCCUCGUCGUUCCUGUGCUUCUUCUUCACGGAGAGGACGGAGAGGCAAAAUAUUUGUUUACACUCAUUGUCUCUCUCAUUACUCGCAACGGCUCAACCCAACCAACGGUCCAGUCCUCCAGUCCUCUCACCGUCACCAUCACCACCAUCACCACCAUCAUUCAUCACCACACCACUAGUAGUAUUUAACUCUAAUUAGGAAAUUAAAUUUAUUCGCAAUUCCACCCUCACCACGAACAAGUAGAAGGACAGGGGGUGGUGGUGGUGGUUACUGCUGUACUGCUGCUACUACUACUGCUGCUGCUGCUGCUGCUCGGACCGAGUGGGUGUGGAGGAGGAGGAGAAAUCUAAAAUUUUUAUACAUUUUUAACUAACGGCGACGCAUCUCCGUCAAGAGAAGACUUCUUCAUGCCUAGCUUUUUAGGUGUACCCGUCACGUGCUCCGUGAAGUGUUCAAUGUUUUUAAGUGCCAAUAAUCAUGCCGCAAAGCCUCUUCUCACAUCAUCUCAGGAAAAUAAGACGAAUAGUAUACUAGAUGACGACAAGAACAAAAAUCACAAAAAAGGGAAGAAAAUCACAGACUACUUUCCUCCAAGGAGGACGAGUAAUCGAAAAACGCAAGAAACUAUUCGCGAAGAGAAACAACAACUCCUUGUCAAGUUGGUUUUAGACGAGACUGAAGAUGGUUUACAAGCUAAACGAUUUCCCGGCAAGGGCAGGGGGGUCGUUGCCACGAAGCGUUUCCAGAAGAACGAGUUCAUUGUCGAGUAUGCUGGAACACUCAUGAUGGCAGCUGAAGCCAGAGCGAAAGAUGCUAAAUAUGCUCGAGACGGAUUCACCGGUUGCUACAUGUAUUACUUCUCCCACAACAACCAACAGUAUUGUGUGGACGCGACCGAGGAAUCUGGUCGUAUGGGACGACUGAUAAAUCACAGCCGUAAUGGAAACCUUAUCACUAAAGUAGUGGAAGUAAAGGGGAGUCCCAGACUGAUAUUCGUCGCUAAACGGGAUAUCGACGCAAACGAAGAGCUAAAUUAUGACUAUGGCGAUCGCAGCCGAGAAUCCCUCCGUCACCAUCCGUGGCUAGCGUACUGAUAAAUAAAUAACAAUAGUAAUAUUAAAAUAAUAACAAAGUUUUCUUUUUGUGUUUCGCUGGUGUGCAUGCAUGCUAGAAGAGGAGUGUGUGGAGGAAGAGGUUUGCUUGAUGGCGACCAGUAUUCGAACAAUAUUAUGAUGAUUAUUAUUAUGAUUAUUGCAAGAAGAAGAGCUCAUCAUUCAUUGUUGUUGUUGUUGUUAUUAUUGUACUACGAUGACGACGGCUACUACUAUUACUACUUUACAUACGGCACCUUCAUAGAAUCUCAAACUUUCAAACCUUAUUUAUUACCUAUUUAAUUAUUAAUUAAUUGAUCAUUAUUACUAUUAGUGCUAUUAUUAGUAUUGCUGUUAAUUAUACCCUCAACAACAGUUUUUAUUAACGUGGUGCGAGCAGCAUGUCCUCCUCCGCGUGCAGAUUUUAGACUUAACUAUUUAUAUACCAUGACCUUAAAGAAAGUGAUUUGUGCUGGUAAUUGUGUUCAUUAUAUUGCAUAAGGGUAAGAAUAAUAACUUGAGGCGACGAUGAUGAAGUGUACUGAUUGAUACUACUACUACUACUACCACUACUGCUGAUAAUGAUGAUAGAAUAAUUUAUGUCAAUUCAAACCACAAGUGGCCUAUGUAGGUCAUGCAUGACGUCGUGGCGUCAGUUAAUAAUACGAUAAUAAUAAUGAUAUAGAAUAAAUCAAAGCAUCUCAUUCGUAUUUGUAAAAAAUUAAAAUAUCUUGUCCAAUUCCGACCAUUUUUGUAGUCAGGUUCAAUUGAUGUAUUAAGAAUAAGGAAGCAAAAGAGUUGUAGGGACGACAAAGAGUAAAACAAAAUAAUAUGCUCUUCUUUAUACACAAUACAACACAUGAUGUAAUAAUAAAAUAAAAGCACCAAAAGAUAUUAUACAUA